AUGCUUUCCCACCCGAUGAUCUCCAUACGUGUACAUGUACUACAUACGGUCGGCGAGCCAGCCUCUUGCCUUUUCUUGACAGAGUUUUUAACUUUAGCGCUUCUUAUUCCUUUUUUUUUUCCCGCGAACCGCGUCCGACAGGACGUCCAUUUCAGUUACGCGAGGGCGAGCUUGAAAGUUAUUGUUCUCGUUCUCGUUCUGCGUUCUUGUGACCACACUUUGUACUUGUUACAGGCUCGCUUCCCGUCGGCCCUUCGACUGCCUCCUUCGCGCCCGCCAUGGUCCGGACCCUCGUACGUACAUACGACGGCAGCGUCAGGGUUUUUUCUUGCAUUCCUCGCUCUCUGUUCAGGGUCGGUCGUUUGA